GAGAGUCUCGAUCGUCUUCUCCGUAGCUGAUCUUCAUCCCGCCGUCUAAUUCGCCCCGAGAUUGAUGGAUGCGCAGACGCAGAACACAUCGUUGCAGCGACUCCAGAAUGUGGAGAGGAGAGUGGUAAGGGUGUUGGAUAUAGCGGGAGGAGUAAUGGAAGAACUGACGAACCCUUCUGGGCCCAGGAGAGAUUUGGUCAAGACUCUUUGCGGAGAGUUCAUGCAAUCCAUCAAGGAUAUACAAGUGACACUAAGGGAAGAGAUCAAAAGCGCCUGCGAGUACCGCCCCUUUGAGAAAUGCGACUACAAUUCAAGGAUAGCUAAUGAGAUCUGCUUCCACAAGCUUCAAUACGUUCUCUCUCAGCUUGAUCAUCUUCAAAUAACUGUUGGCCGCUAUCCUUCUUCGGAUUGAUCUCUUAUGAAAGUAGUUUGUAGACUAGAGGUUUUAACUAUAUAUCCUCUAUGUUGGUGGUACUGAUAUUCUUUAAAAGGCUAUGCAAAACCCAUCACAGUGCCCUUCUA